AUGAGUGCCCGUCUGGCCGCACGGCGGCUGGCGCUUUCGGGAGCGCCGUCUUCCCACCCAUCUAUCGGAACCGCCACCCGCGCAACUGUCGCCGCCUCAGACCCCCCGCCCUGCACCACCCUCCAGCGCCGCCACAAAUGGUCUCUCAAUCCCCUCAAGGGCUGGGGCAGCAGGAGCGCCAAGUCCCGCGACGCUGCGCAGCAGUCGGCCCGCGACACCGCCCCGGAGCUCGACGACCCAAAGCUCAGGCAGCACUUUUUGGAGCGCAACCUACGGUCCCAUGUCGAGGACAACAUCUUUCAGGACGAAAUCGACUCUACUUCCCCCGGCCCGGCGGCGGCAGCACCAGCAAGCGGCCCCAAGGAGGCCGUGGUGCAGAAGACGCGUGAGACCAUGGCCAUGGUGGCGGACCCCAACCCCCGGAGCCGCGUGCGCUGGCAGCGCAACAAGGUCAUUCAGAUGGUCCGCAACAACGGCCAGUUGACCAAGGAGGACAGGAUCAAGAUGACGGAGCGAGAGCUCGUCCAUAAGAGCCACUUCCUCCCCACCAGUCUCAAGAAGCUCGUCAUGCUGUCGCGUCAGAUUGCCGGCAAGCCCGUCGACGAGGCAAUCACGCAAAUGAGGUGGUCCAAGAAGAAGAUGUCCGCCGAGAUGAGGUACUACCUCGAGGAGGCCCGCGAUCUCGCUGUCGCCCAGCGAGGCAUGGGGCUGGGCAAAGUCAACGGCGAAUCGUUGCCCAAGCCGCGCAAGAUCAUGGCAAAGGACGGCAAGUGGAUAGCAAUUACCGAUCCCACCCGCAUCUACGUCGCCCAGUCGUGGGUGGGCCGGGGACCGUGGCGGGGCCAAGAACUCGACUACAAAGGCCGAGGGCGACACGGCCUCAUCCAACAUCCAAGCACAAGCUUCUCCGUCGUGCUCAAGGAGGAAAAGACGCGGUUACGAGAGCACGAUGAAGGCGUGGCCAAGAAGGCGGCCAAGGGCCCGUGGGUACACCUGCCCAACCGCUCAAUCCACGGCCAGCGUCCGUACUACUCGUGGUAG